AUGGCGGCGGCGGCGGCGGCCGUGGCGGGGGCGGGGCGAGGCGGCGGUGGUGGUGGCGCGGACCCGGGGCAGGAGCGAAGCCGGGCCCGCGGCUGGGCAGGCGCCGAACGCAGCGAAGGCCGGAGCAGGAUGGAGCCAAGUGAGGAGAUGGAGGAGGAGGACUCUCCAGGUGGCCGUGAGGAUGGCUUCACUGCUGAGCACCUGGCCGCAGAGGCCAUGGCAGCUGACAUGGACCCCUGGCUGGUAUUUGAUGCCCGCACCUCGCCUGCCACUGAGCUGGAUGCCUGGUUGGCCAAGUACCCACCAUCCCAAGUUACCCGCUAUGGAGACCCAGGUUCACCCAACUCUGAGCCUGUGGGCUGGAUUGCAGCCUAUGGGCAGGGCUACACCCCCAAUUCUGGUGAUGUCCAGGGCCUGCAGGCAGCCUGGGAGGCUCUGCAGACAAGCGGGCGGCCCAUCACACCAAGUACCCUGCGCCAUCUGGCCAUCACCCACCAUGUGCUGUCAGGCAAGUGGCUGAUUCACCUGGCACCUGGUUUCAAGCUGGAUCACGCCUGGGCUGGCAUUGCUCGGGCCGUGGUUGAGGGCCGGCUUCAGGUGGCCAAGGUGAGCCCACGAGCCAAGGAGGGUGGACGCCAGGUCAUCUGUGUGUACACUGACGACUUCACGGACCGCUUGGGUGUAUUAGAGGCAGAUUCUGCCAUCCGUGCCGCAGGUAUUAAGUGUCUGCUCACCUACAAGCCGGAUGUCUACACCUACCUGGGCAUCUACAGGGCCAACCGCUGGCACCUCUGCCCCACUCUCUAUGAGAGCCGUUUCCAGCUUGGAGGCAAUGCCCGUGGCUCUCGAGUUCUGGACCGUGCCAACAAUGUAGAACUGACCUAGUAGAGACAAAUGGGGGAGACCAUCCUCUGCCCACCUGCUGAGGAUUAGUUCACUCGGGAACUGCCUGCAUCUUCAGUCCCCUUGAACUUCUGCCCUUUGUUCAGGGCUGACUCCAGCCCCGCCCCCCCCACAUAGGCCGUUAGCUCAGCAUUCCUCUUCGAUGCUGCUUCCCCACUGCCCAGGACCACAGGUUGGGUGCAGAUACUCAAAAAGAGAGCCUUCCAUGGCCACCCUCAUCCCCGGCUACCCCUUUCCCUCCUCCUGCAUUCUUCCCUUUCCUUCCUCCCUCACAAAGGAGAAAACAGUGCUUCCAGUCCCUGCCCCAGGAGCCGUCAUAGUCCAGGGGGCAGGGGCCUUGCAGGACCGAGCAUGCCAUUUUGUUGGGGUAGGGGAUUAUACCUACUUAUCCCCUGGCUGAGGGGAUGUAAGGCCAUUGACCCUCCCUGCCAACUCACAGCCUGCAGUGCCAUCCUCCCUUCCCUGACUCCCUUGACAUGGGCCUGUUCCU